GUGGCGGAAGUGGCGCUGCGGGGCGGAAGCAGCGGCGCGGCGGGGCCGGCGGCGGAGCCGGGCGGGCCAUGAAGCUGCGGCGGGGCGCGCUGCGGGAGGCCCUGGGGUUGGCGCUGCUGCUGCUGCCGCCGCUCCUCGGGCCGGCGAGCGCCGUGGAGCCCAUCAGCCUAGGGCUGGCGAUCGCGGGCGCCGCCGCCUCGGCCCUUACCGGCUUCAUCUCCUACCCGCGGCUCUACUGCUACUUCAGGGAGUGCUGUCUCCAGCGGCACGACCGGCGCGUCGCCGCCGCUCUGGAGGAGAAUUUGGACAAGCGGCUGUUUGGGCAGCACCUGGUGAGCAAGGUGGUUGUAAAGGCCGUGAAGGGCUUCUUGAACAACAGCAACGUCAAAAAACCUCUUGCCCUUUCCUUGCACGGGUGGACUGGAACAGGCAAAAACUUUGUCAGUAAGAUAGUUGCUGAAAGCAUUUAUAAAAGAGGUCUGCAGAGUAAAUAUGUCCAUCAGUUUGUGGCGACUUUACACUUCCCUCACGCUCACAACAUCAAUCACUACAAGGACCAGUUGCAGUCGUGGAUUCGGGGAAACGUGAGCAUCUGUCCCAGAUCGCUCUUCAUAUUUGAUGAAAUGGAUAAAAUGCAUGCAGGACUCAUUGAUUCCAUCAAGCCAUUCCUGGACUACUAUGAGUUUCUGGAUGGGGUGUCUUACCGACAAGCCAUCUUCAUAUUCCUCAGCAAUGCAGGAGCUGAAAAGAUAACAGAGGUGGCACUAGAUUUCUGGAGAAACGGGAAGAGAAGGGAAGAUAUACAGCUCCAAGAUAUGCAAAAUGCACUGUCUGUGUCAGUCUUCAAUAACAAAAAUAGUGGAUUUUGGCACAGCACCUUGAUUGAUAGAAAUCUCAUUGACUACUUUGUUCCCUUCCUGCCACUGGAAUAUAAACAUGUGAAAAUGUGCGUCCGGGUGGAGAUUGAAUCACGUGGCUAUGCUGUGGAUGAAGACAUUUUAACCAGAAUAGCUGAUGAAAUGACCUACUUCCCCAGAGAGGAGAGAAUUUAUUCAGAUAAAGGCUGUAAAACUGUGGAUGCAAAGCUGGAUUAUUACUAUGACUUCUAAUGCUUUAUUGCUACAACCUGCAAAGAAGCAAAUUUAACUUAAUUACAAAGUGGAGAACCUGGGACAUUUCACUUUUAAGACCUUUUUAAAGAAAGGAACGUUACUUUUUAACUGGUGUGUAAAUAAGCGGCAGUGCUUCUGUGUUUUUAUUCUGUCACUUAGUCAUGGCUCCCAAGUACUUCGGCCUUGUGUUGCCAAGGUAAGAAUGAACUGUGUUGUGGCUGUGGAGGUCUGUGUCUGACAGCACCGAAGAUUCCUCUUGGAUCGUGUCUUGAUCACCAGAACCAUUUGGCAGACUGUUGGCAUGCAUAGAAGGACUGAGAUUAUGACCGAAUUCUAGUUGGGUUUUGGUUUGAUGUGGACAAUCUCUAUACAGUAUUCAGAAUUUUAAUCGAAGUUCCUAUGUCUGUGAAAAUCUUCAUUCGGCUUGCGUGGGAAUAUUCCUAUAGCCGCAUUAAAAAUAGAAUAUGUGUCUUUUCUCCUUAAA